AUGGCAACUAGCAUCAGCAGCAGCCUUCAUGCCUCGGCUUCAUCCUCCUCGAAGCUUCUUGCUUCAAGAAAGUUCUUCAGCUCUUCAUUAUUUCAUGGUUUUCAAAGGCACCACAGAAACAGAUUCAUUCCAUCCUUCCCUUCUUCGCGUGCCUCCUCUAAACCUUAUUCUUGCUUGUCUAUAAAAUGUGCUGUUCGUUUUCGACCCUGCAUUGAUAUACACAAGGGGAAAGUGAAACAAAUUGUUGGGUCUACCCUUCGAGAUUCGAAGGAGGAAGAUGGUUCAGUUCUUGUAACAAAUUUUGAGUCGGAUAAGUCGGCAGCGGAGUUUGCAAAUUUGUACAAAGAAAGUGGGCUCAUGGGUGGUCAUGUGAUCAUGCUUGGAGCUGAUGAUUUGAGCAAAGCUGCAGCCAUUGAAGCCUUGCAUGCAUAUCCUGUAUACUUGGAACAGGGUCAUGUUGAGUACCCUUAUGUCUUUAACAAUGGUCAAAUGGACCUGGAAAGGCUGAAAGCCCUUGUUCGUGUGGUUGGAAAGCAGAAGCUUGUUUUAGACCUUAGCUGCAGAAAGAAGGAAGGUAGAUAUGCAAUUGUCACUGAUAGAUGGCAGAAGUUCAGCGAUGUAUAUCUUGAUGAGGAAGUAUUAGAAUUUCUUGGAAACUAUGCUGAUGAGUUUUUGGUUCAUGGUGUUGACGUUGAAGGCAAAAAGUUGGGAAUUGACGAAGAGCUUGUGGCAUUGCUUGGCAGGCACUCAUCAGUAAGUGACAUAGGAAUUCCUGUGACUUAUGCAGGCGGUGUGACAGUAAUGAAUGAUUUGGAAAGAAUAAAGGUGGCAGGGGACGGGUGUGUGGAUGUGACCGUGGGCAGUGCUCUUGAUAUAUUUGGAGGUAACUUACCAUACAAAGAUGUUGUCUCUUGGCAUACACAGCAGGAGCCCUUGAUGGUUUAG